AAAACCACACCAAAAGGUUCUCCACAACAUAAAACUAGGCCUAAAGCAGAUACUGCCUAAGAGGGCCAGCAAAGCAAGAAUACCCCAAAAAAUUCCAUCCAUCUAAGAAUGUGCAAUACGAUGGAAGGAAAGAGAAAAGGUGACGAUACAUUUGUGGGUAUAACGUCCCAAUCAAAGCUAAUAAACAGAUCUCACAUCAGAUUGGACACAUAACUGCUCAGACCGGGUGUGGUUGGGCCUGUUUACCCCAAUUUCAGCCUAUCGGCCGUCCGUUUCUUUGACUGCCAUAUCCCAAUACCUACUGACAGAUUCGCUACUGUAAAACCUCUCACCGUUAGCGUGUUAUCUAAAGAAAUUCUAAGCAGUUGAGUGAAGACGGGAUUGUUGGAAGGUGGCUGUUUUUAUUUAAGCACCGGCACGUGGCUAACAGGAUGUUUCAGCCUCGUUCCACAUACAAAAUAUCCCGUCUCUCAGCCACUGCAUGAAACGCUCCCAUUUUCCUCUAAGUGCAGUGUAGGAAAUCAGUAUUCUUCUCGCGUACAUCAAAAGCAUCAUUCAUUACUGCAACUUAGUGCUGCAGGCUUGAUAAACAUCUACCUAUUCUACUGAGACCCGCUGAAACCUGCAAAAAGAAUGGGUCUUUCGGAGCAAAGUCGGCUAAUUAACAGGAAUGUUAUGCACAAAAAAAAAGGACUUUUCAACCCCUCGGAGAAACAAAGAGUGAAAGGCUUUAAUUCGUAGCUGGAGAUUUAACAGAUGGUUUCUUAUAAAGGAUGUGGCAGGUUCAAAGAAUGACAAAGGGGAGAGGGUGUGUUGGGAGCAUGAAUAUUUGAUUUAAUCUGAGCUCCUACAGAGUAUUAAUUUAUUACUCUCUGUGUUUCUAUUUAUGCGCACAUGACUGGGCCGGCUUAAUGUUCCUGCAGAGGACUCGGCCCACAUCUUUUCCAUUUUGAUUUAGGGUUAACGUAAAGUAUUGCGAAUAAUGGGUCUGAUUCACAGAUUGUGCUCAGGCCGCAUCGUGUCCUAUGAAAGUCAAACCCCGGGGGGAGGAGUUAUUAGCUCUGAAAAGGGGGAGAGAAAAAGAGGAGGAAGAUAAUUAGAUGCUGGACAUAAAGUAAAUGAGCAGUUCUACAUCUUGAUACUCGUGUAGAUGAUAGGAUAAAAAUCCUCAAUCGUAUUAGGAGUUUACUGUGUGCAAAGUGCAUUCAUGGAACUAUGCAAACAUCUGUGUUGGUUUGGCAGCGUCAAACUGGAACCUUCCCCAUAUCCGCGGGUCAGGCUGACACGGGUCACCAUAGCACGACGCCUGCCUUCUCACCUUUGUUUGCAGUGCAGCGGCCCCGUGAUAACAGACUGACAUUCAAAUGCAAUCUACCUGGGAGGGAAGAUGGAAAAAGAAGAGCGGAACGUCUAGCCCAUCAGCAAAAGAAGAGUGCAAAAACAGAAAUUGGUGGAGGGAAAAAGGAGAAAAAAGGCCUCAAAAGGAAAGAGAUCAUGGUGAAGCGGAACCUGGGUCACUCCACUCGCUCCAUCUGCCUUGGCCUGGCCUGUUUAUCCCUCUCUCUCCAUCUCCUCCUGGCAAUAUUCUGCCUCGCAGCCCUCCAAACCACCUGUGUCCCUCCCACCCCCUCCUCCUCAGCCUCCUCCCCCGUUCCAAGAACAGAUACUCUGCAUCAUCGUUCCGUCUCGCACUCCUCCUCUUCAUCUGCUGCCUCUUCCUCCCAAAAGCUGCCAACCGUCCCUCAGACUGAAGAACGCAAAGCGGCUCCCAGCGUCUUCGACCGUAAAGAGCUCGGCUCCUUCAGUGAUGCCGCUCGAGCUGGAGAGCCGAAGCUAACGGGUCCCUCCAAGCUGGAGGAGCUGUUCAAACAUCCGCUCUACAACCUGCCACGCCCAGAGCUGCAGCAAGAUGAUUGGCUGCUGAGGGUGAAGACAGAGGAAGAUGUAAAGGUUAGAGAGAGUCAGGAGGAGGAGAGGGAGGACUCCAACCCUAAUGACAGUGAAUGUUCGCUGCAUUACCUCUAUGUACCUUCCUGUAGGCAAAGCGCCAGUCGGGAAGAGGGCUACGACAAAGUCGCUUGGACAACCAAUGAGGAGACCCACCCUCCCUGGCUGCGUUUCCACCUGGGCAUCUCUCGCUGGGCACUAUAUGACAGGAAAGAUCCCACCCUGACCCAGCUGACUCAUUAUUUGGCAACCCAGCGGAUCCUCGGAGCUGUUCAGAAGGGAGGAGGCACCCAGCUGAAACUGCUUUUAUCAUUCCCAAAUUAUGGACAAGCUCUGCUAAAACCCAUGAGGCAAGCCAGAGACGCUGAGACGGACGUAAACCUCUUUUACUUCUCAGACUUUGAGAGGCACAACGCGGAGAUUGCGGCCUUCCACCUGGACAGAUUGUUGGGCUUCAACAGGAUCCCUCCUGUGGUGGGCCGAAUUAUCAACGUCACCACGGAGAUCAGGGAGGUUACCACCGACCACAGGCUGUCCAGGACCUUCUUCACCUCUCCCGCCGGGAACGUGUGUUUCUACGGCCAGUGUGAAUACUACUGUUCCACCGAGAACCCGGUGUGCGGGCGCCCCCACGAGCUGGAGGUUUCUCUGGCCACCAUGCUGCCAGACCUCUCCCUGGCCCCUCGCAGGUCCUGGAGAUCACCAUGGAGACGUUCAUACAGCCGCACCAAGCUGGCACAGUGGGAGAAGGACCCGGGUUACUGUGACACGGUCAAACAGACGCCUCCUUACAACCGUGGCACCAGACUGGUGGACGUCAUAGACAUGGCCGUGCUGGACUUCCUCAUGGGUAAUAUGGACCGACACCACUACGAGACGUUUGAGACAUUUGGAAAUGAGACUUUUCUGCUGCACCUGGACAAUGGACGGGCCUUUGCGCGUCACUCCCGGGAUGAGCUGUCCAUUCUAGCACCGUUGGCUCAGUGUUGCAGGAUCCGUCGCUCCACCCUCCUCCGCCUGCGUCUCCUGGCCCUCCCUGAGUUCCGCCUGAGUGAGGUCAUGCGGGAAUCGCUGGCUCAGGACCCUCUGGCCCGCGUAGCCCCGCUCCUCUCUGACCCGCAGCUGGCUGCUCUGGACCGCCGGCUCACCGCUGUCCUGCGAGUGGUGCAGGAAUGCCGAGAAAAGCACAACAACGUGGUUUACAACGACUUGGAGAGCUCUGACCAGCACUAUGACCGGCAUCCUGACUGAGGAACGAGCAGCAAAAUUAAUGAUAGAUUUUGGAACUAUUUCAGACUUCGUCAAAUUUGAAUGCUCUAUCCUAAAAGCAAACCUGCAAGUUCAAAUUGCUGAGGAUCGUGAUGGAGUCAAAGCGGGCAUCACAGUUUUCUGUACUCGGCACUGCUGGAUACCAAAUCCUGUCCAACUGAACGGACAGAUACUUUAAUAAUCCCUUAAGG